AUGGAACACAUCAAAAUAACUUAUCUGUUCAUUGCUAUCUUAACACAUGGAGUGAUUGUGAGCUGCCAGAAUAUGACACAACCUCCGGAUAAUCCUGGUGAGUGAAUUGAAUUACGAAAUCUACAUAGACGUUCCUUGAUUGAAAUGUGCGAUACACUCUGCGAACAUGAACAAUUGUUCUCCGUUUGGGCGAGUGAAAUCGUACACAAACUCUAGGAAAAUGUCUUUAAGUCUAAAAAAAUUAAAGUGAUCUGAUCUCGAUCCAGAUUAGCUAUACUCUGCCACGAAUUGAACAUGACUUUUCAGUCAAAGCGACGAAGUAUUUCUUUCUGUGGUUUUAUUUUACGGAACACAAGUCUACUAUUUGUGCUUCGAUCGCUAAUAACCAGCUUAACUUUCUUUAACUUACUUCGUUGUGGUUUUCUAUAAUUGUAAAAGCAAGAUAUUGGUUGCCAAAAGAUUCUUGGACAGAGCCAGUUUUAUAUUUACUUUAUGACCAAUAUUUUUUUACAAGGUGGUCAUUUGUAAUAUUAUUAUAUUAAGUCGCUUACUGGCAAGUUUUAAACAAAAAUAAGUAAACUAAAAUUACCACAAAGCAGACUUAAUUUUGUUAAUAAACUUAUUAUGCAGAUCAUAUGUGAUUUAAAACGUAAUCUUUUUUCUGUUGUUUCUCACUUAAAACAACAGCCUACGUACAUUUCAGAUCUCAUGCAAUCCUAAUAUGCAUUUACUUAAAUGAAUAAUUUAAAAAGAAAUAAAAUGAAAGGGAAUUUUAUGUCCAUAAAUCGUAUCGUAUCUAAAAAAAAAUAGUCAGAACAUUUAUGGAAACUGAUCGACUUAAAACACCCUUUUUAUCGUGGAAAAAAACUGAAAUAAUUCAUUUGAUUAUUGCCUGCGUGUUUAAUGGUUUAAAACUAAUAUGUUUGGAACAAUUUGUUCAAUAUUUAAAAUAACCCAAGAUUGCUUCAUGCCUUGCUAAGGGGCAUUUACUGAUCACGUGAUGAGCCACUAUUCCAAAUUAAAGGAAAAUUUUUCAAUUUGAAUUUAAAUUAAUCAAUACGAAAGUACAGAAAUUUAUGAGUACCAUUUUUUUUUCUUUUUUGGUAUAGUAAACAAAGGUGUUCCUAACGUGUUGUACUCUUGUGUAAAUUUGCUUCAUUGCAUCGUUGGAUAGUACCUUAAAACAACUACCCCAGAGUUCGCUGUACUGUCAAAACUUGGCAAAAAUUUUCAAAUUCGAUCCGCUUGUGAUCCAUUCGUAAUUCUGGCCAAACAGGCCAAAGUCAGAACACGACAAAAUUUCUAAAUGCCAUUUUGUAACUGCGGAAUUAAACAAGUAGUAUUAUGUGAAAAUAUUGCUGAGGAGAAGGCAUUUGAAUGGUCACAACAGGGUUUCAUCUAAAGACUAAAAUUACAACCACCUUGGAGAACAUAUAAACAUUACUACAGGAAAGUACCUCUUAGUAGCUUUCAUUUGAAUAAUCACAGUGACACCAUAGGAUUUCGUCCACAGCAGACUCAAAAGUUAGAGCUACACACGAAAUACAUAGCACUAUGUGAAAGUACUGCUGAAGAGGUUUCAUUUGAAUAGUCACACCAUAGGAUUUCAUCCACAGACUCAAAAGUUAGAACUACAUACUAAAUAAAUAGUACCAUGUGAAAGUAUUGCUGAAGAGGUUUCAUUUGAAUGGUCACACCAUAGGAUUUCGUCCACAAACUCAAAAGUUAGAACCACUUCAUAAGUCUCCUCCAUUGACGGGAUUCACACUCAGGCCCCGCUAAUGUAUCGCCGCAGCGAUCUAAAACUGUAAAAUACUGAAUAACAUCGUAAAUUGUUUUCGAUCUCCCGCUUUCUCGCUGCACCAGGACGUCCGUCGUUCCACACCCCUUCCUCCUCCCCUAUUCACCAACUUGGCUCAAUGUGACUUUCCGAGCCGCAACGGUCCAGCUGAAGGGACGCCAUUUUGACACCGCGGAGGAGAUCCAGUGCAAAACGCAUUUCGUACUUUGGACCGUUAACGAGCCGUAAAUUUUGGGCCGUUCCAAGUCUGGCAGACGUCUUGGGAUCCCUGUAUUGCUGCACAGGAUGACCACUUAGACUUAAGGGAGCUGUGUCACGGCUGUCUAAUUCAUUUUGUUAUUAAUAGAGAGUUUAAGACAGAAUCCACUAGGAAAUUGAGUAAUUUUAAUUUUGAGUUGACAAAAAUCUUGUACCGGAGUAAUUUAAAGCAUAUUGCAUUCUUUUCUUUACAUUUUUCAAGGGCUAAAGAUAUAAUUAGUUAUCUGUAAUAACACCAAAGAAAAAUUCUUACGGGAGCCCGAGAAAAUGAAUGUCAAAUUUCACAAAAUUACAUCUUACACAUGAAAUUUUUAGAAUUUUACCUGUAUAAUCACAAUUCUUGUGAAGUUUGACAUUUAUUUUCUCGGACUUCCAUGAGAAAUUUUCUUUGGUGUUACUAGAGAUGAAAUAAACUUAGUAAUACAAAUUUGAUAGCGUCAAGGUAUUUUAAAAGAGAAUAAGGCUUACUUCCGGUUAACGUGCGCCGCUCAAAAACGUGGUUGCUUAAACUUCGUAAUGUCUGAUUUAUGCGUCCUUAUUCGAACUUGAGAAGGUACUUAUGUUUAACAAAUCCACAGCUUCUUUUCAAACACGAUACAAGCAACAAAAAAUGAACUUUAAAAAACUGUUAGGCUAACAAGUUGUCAAAAAUCACAAAUGCAAUCCGUUUAAAUCUUCAAGUUUUUCCAUCCGUACCUCUUUUUUUAUUUGUUGAGUUAUUCAUACGUUUUUUUUUCAUGUUUUGAGUGUUGAGUGUUGAGUUCUAUGUUACACUCAGUUUGAUGACAGUUUCCACUGUUUAACACUUUAAGCCCUAAGAAAGAGUGAUCUUAGUGGUAAUGAGAAUUACGGACAUGAUCACACAAGAUGAAUUUGCUUGAUACUUUAUCAACUUCUCCCCACUACUUCUGUAGGAAACCAAUAGGGGCAACAAAUGAGAAUUAAGAUUUUGAUCUUGGGGUUUAAAGGGUUAAUGUUAAUACAUUUCGUGACACGGCUCCUAUUAAUUUUAGGUGGUGAACGGUCGGUUCAACCAUCAACGUCGUCAUCAUUAACAACAAAUACAACGAAAGAAAGGAUAAACACAACAAAAGUGCAAGAGGAAGAGGUGACAGAGGGAUUAGAAGUAUCUCAACCAUCUAAAGUACCACAGUCACCAACAUCAAGAAUAUUGAAGGCAGAUUCAGAUGCAAAAGGAACAACACACAUUCCAUUGCCCGAAAUGAAAAGUAGUACAACGUACAAUGCAGACGAUUUUGUUGGUGGUACACUUGAAAUUGCGCCCCUUACAAAGAGUAGUAUGUUGACUAUAACGUUACAACUUGCUGCAACUUUAUCCUUGGGUGUAGAUGUGAUGACAUCAUCAGUGUUUACUAAAGUUUCUGAAAUGACCACAGCAACGCCUACGUUGACAUCAUAUCCAGUUUUUUCGUCCACGAAAUCAAAUUUACAAGUGCCUUUCUCGGAAGAUUUUAAGCAAGCGACAACACCUAUCGUAGAGAUCCUUCCUCUGGUUUCAACGUCAAAGCCAAUUGUAUUGUCAAAUAAAGUUUAUACACCAUCUUCUACUAUAUUGUCAGUGACGUCAACUGAAUUGUCUGUAACGUCACAUUCCGUAGUGACCUCAUCAAUAGAACCAUUGAGACCAUCUACGCCAGUUGACAACGUUGAUGUCGUCACCGGAGCAAGCAUGAUGUCAUCUUUUUCAAUUCAAGACUCUUCCUUUACAGAGGUAUUGAAAUCCAUGGAGAAAACUAUGUAUUCGAUGUCAAAAAAAAAAUCACUUUUCAAUUCUGAGGGGAAAAUGACCUCAUCUCAUACACCAAAAGUUAUGACGUCAUCACAAGUAGCAGUCGAAACUGGUUUACAAGAGAAAGAUGAAUGGAUGACGUCCAAAGCUCCCCAAACCGUAAUGCCAGCAAUAAUGGUGACGUCUGCAGCUUACGAAGAAAUGACUCCAUCACAAGGUUUAAAAGACUUAAUGAAAGUCCAGCCUGAGGAAAGAGUCGCCACGUCUAAACUUAAAGACAUAAGGUCACCUGCAACGACCUCAACGUCAUUUUCCUCCGAGAUUAACAAAGUUGUCACGUCCUUGAAAGGUUUAAAAUCCCCUCCUUUAACAAUGACAAUGACAAAUUCUUUAAUAACGGACACGUUAACUUCUUCUCAAGGUGUUAAGACUGUCGUAGCAGAACACGUUCUCCCUCAGAUAGGAUUCGUGACCUCACCUCAACUCACAACAUCAAUGACUUCAUCCCAGUUUGAACACAAAGUGACGUCAUCUGAAGUCAAACAGUCAUCAUCACAGAUAGGAGACGUUACUUCAACCAAACCUACAAAAAUUGUGACGUCAUCUGUAUUUCUGAAAUUAAUGUUAGACAAAUACUCAACACGACAGUCAAAUAAGGAAGCAACAUCACAGCCAACAAAAACUUCGAUUGCAUUUUCAUCGUUUUUAACAUCUUCGGUGCAUAACAUACAAGCAAUUACGACCUCGCAAAUAAAAAAGGUUUCAUCCCUUUCGCCACCUCAGACCUCUACUUUUACAUUUUGGGAUAAAGAGAUGAAGACGACGUCACGCCAUUUUCUAAAAUCAUCUGUUGAUACUGACUCUCCACCAAUGAAACAUACGACGCAGCACGAAGAUUUGAAAAUUACGCUAACUUUUUCUUCAUCUCAACUUGCAGAUCUGACCACAUCAUCCCGACCGGAUGUGACAUCAUCAUCAGAUAUGAAAACAACCACAACGGAGAAAAACCUUGAAUCUUCCGCGACGCCAUCUUCAACAGAAAUUAUGGCAUCGCAAAGCAGCUCACCAGUUGCCAUGAGUACGUCAAGCACAAAUGCUGCCGUCGACGUUAAGGUUGAGAGCACCACAUCAGCCCCGGAAACGGGACACAAUUUUACCCACACCACCCACCCUACUGAUCAUAAAGAGCCGCACGAAAAUAUCACGCACUCACCACAUGAUAUACACGUGACACACCACACAAUGGGCACUCCAAAUGAGCCUGAUGUAGACGCCGCCACGGGUGAUGAGAACCAGACUGGAGGCGGCGAGAUUGUGUCAAUCAUAGUAGUGCUGGGUCUGCUGGGUGGCAUGAUUGCAUUCGUCAUUUUCAUGAUAAUAAAAGACAGGGCCAGAACAGGGUAAGGCAUGGUAUCUGUAAAUCUUUAGCAACACACUCAAUGGUGUCUUACAAGUCACAUGAAGGCCUCUCUCCCCGGGAAGGGGAACGAGGGAUGGCUUUUCCCUACUCCCUAUGAUGGCCUAUACGGGGAGGCUUAGCCCGGAAGGGAUACCUUUUUCAGGUUUCAGGUAUAUAAAAGGGUAGGGGUUUCACUAAUUGAAUUCAUGAAAGGGCAGGGACAUUUGUCAUUGCAGUCUCUCAAAGGGAUAACUUUGAAAAAGGCAAGAAAACUUUCUGGUUUUGUGAUUUAUUCAUAUAUUAUUAUUAUUAUUAUUAUUUAGAAGACAGUGCAUUCACAGUAGUUAGAAGAAUGCGGCGUUGUUUACUCGGUAUAUGAAACUGGUACAAUUUGUCAGUAAAAGAUAUCCCCUUGUUUGUCUAAAAUGGUGUUCAAAAAGAUAAGAGGUUGAACCUGGGGGCCGAGCCUGCCCGUACAAAAUGUUUUUUUUACUACCCUACCCCCCAGUCUCACUGAUCUUGCCACACUAUUGUCUCCUUUCUAAGAAGCGCUUACCAUUUGCCAGAACUUGCCGGCCUGACCCGUCCAGGCAUCAGGAGAAUUCACUGUUAAUCGGGACUAUCCACCAAGAUAAGUUUUUUCCUAAAUUUUAUGCACAGCAGUGAUGGGUUUUAUUAAAAAUUUCAAGAAAAGACUAAUAUUUCAUUUUCAAAAUGACAGGUCUGGCUGGUUGGUACUAACUUUUGCAAAGCACCCUUAAGACUCAAUCAGUUUGUUCAUGAGAAAAGUCUGAUUGGGCCGGUGAUCGAUCGACAUCUCGGUUGUUGCAACUGGGAUCUCUUGACCGAGAUGAAAACUUUCCCAUAUGAACAGUCUGAUCUGGUCGCCAAGAUGAAUGGUACGCAUGCGUAUCCCUUUAAAGAGCGUGUCCCAUCAUUUCGACCUGUUACUUAACUUCUCAAACUCGAAAUACUAAGCAAUCGACACGGUGUUUCAUCACCAGGUGAGACAUCUCGAAGUUCGUCGAAAAUACUCCGCUGCGCUUCGUAUUUUCAACUCUUUUCUCAGAGUGUUUCAUAUGGUGAUGAAACACUGCGUCUUGUUCUUGAUAUAUUACGUCAAAUAUGAUGACACUGCGAUCACUAAAAACGCAAACGAUUGAAUAAAUUAAUUAAUUUUUAGAUUAAAGGGCCCAAACCUCCCGUCAAAAUAACUUUUUUCUUUCUUCGUCCUGCAGGGGGGCAAGCCUAAAGGAUCGCAAGCUUCCAGGUAUUUUGAAUUACUUCAGCAUGUUUAGCUGUAACGACCAGUUGGUAAAAAAGUUCCAAAAUCCUUAGGCCAGUAGGAGGAUAUAUUCCUCAGUUUGAUAGCCAGUUAAAAUCUUAUAUUGUCGAUGUGAAAAGAUAUUAACUUCUCUCUAUGAAAGCGUACAGUCUCUUGGCAAAGUCAAUCUCUUUCAGUAGAGACUGGCCUUUGUCCACUCUUACUUUAUAAAGGAACUCCUCAUAUGUACAGCACCGCAAAUGAUCCCCAGACAAGAAAUGAUCCCCAAAAUGGACCGCAAUUGACCCUAGACCUCAAAUGAUCCCCUUGCCGACCCGAAGUAAUCAAGUGAAAAGUAAAGGAAUUGAAUGGAUUUUAGGCAUGCAUGCAUGCAUGGUGAAUGUGCUGAGAACUUGAAGAACGCGUCAAACAAUGAAAUAAAUAAGGCGAUAAAAUCGAACUGCACUUGAGUGGGGAUCAUUGGCGUUGCUGUACAGUGCACCUUCUCAGUCGCGGUUUUGAGGUUAACCUUAGAAACGUCUGGCUAGCUUCAGAUACUAAACAUUUUUAGUUUGAAUUUUAUUUGCUUUAAUACUGUUUUCCACCUGUCUCGUCCAGUUAUCGGUGAUGACCAUGGUUUUAAGCCUCUUAAAGAAGUACCAGAAGAAAAAGCAAAAGAAAAAGAACCUAAACUUACUCACGUGGAGAAGAGAAACAGCCACAGAUACAGUUACCAUGGCAACCCCGAAGACGCUAUCCCACUGUUAGAGCUUCACAUUCAGGACGGGAGGCCUCCUAUGCUUAAUUCAAAUGACGAGACACAGGAAGCCCAGCCUGAACAGCCGGCGGUGAAACCCCUUCUUGAUGUGUAUGGAGACGGAAAUACGACAAUGUCGUCUGGAAAAUCGAAAGAGAAAAUUUGGCCUGAAGUAGUGUAAAUGUAAUAAGCGUGAAUCCUAAUCUCAUCUGUACGAGCUUGAGAUCAUUAAUCAACUCCUUUCUCAAGGGGCUUUAUCUGCUACGUUUAUCAUUAAAGUGGUGUCAUAGUCUUAGGAAAUUAAUCAAAUAGGUUAAAGUAAAAACACAAAUGUCACUUCGAGCCAAUCAGAGUUGCACGAAAACCAACCAGUGUUGCACGCAGGAAACAAGCACGCCAGUAGCCUAAGAACAAGCUCUCCGCUAGCCAACGUCUGCUUACGCGUGCCUUUCACGCGUGACUUCUCGCAACUCCCCCAAAAUGGGGAGCUUGCUUGCAGGCUAACGCAACAGGAGCACAUAUUGCUUAGCCAUGUUCACUAUUUAUGGUCUUAGUAAUUGAAAGGCACAGGAACCGAUUACUAAUAGGCUCCUGACAGGCAAUAAUCCACAGGUAACGGCCCUUAUGCAUGAAAUUACGUCAGACGGGCAAAUUUUACCACCAAGCCUCGUUUGCAAGCUAAAUGUCUUCGCAUUUGCACUAUUUGCGCGUGGGUAUUCUUUUCAACUCUAACGCCUUGGGAAUUCAUUUAUUCAAAGCUUAGCAACCUAAACCCACGUGCAAACGGAGGUAGAAAUUUCCAACAUUGUUGCUGUGUUAGAAGUUGUGUGCAAACGGGUGCAACAACUCCCAACAAUUUGGGACCUGCAGUGCAUCGUGGGAAGGAUACAACCCAUAAAACUUUGGAGACCAUGUGUAUUGCGCUUGCGUGGCCCCAGCAAUGUUGGACGAGCUGUGCAAACGGAUCCAAAAUUGUUGCGCUACGCUUCGGUUAUUACGGAACAAAAGAAAUGUUGGGAAUGAGUUGUUGGUUCAAAAGUUUGACCAGUUUCAAACUUUGCAAAACAACUCCCAACAACACGCAACAACAUUCAACAGGGUGGUAAAAAGAACGCAGCAUGUAAUAUACAAAAAUGUUGGGAGUUGUUGGCCAACAAUGUUGUGCCCGUUUGCACGCGGCUUAACAAUUUCAAAACGAAGCUUGGUGGUGAAAUUUGCGCUUCAGACCUAAACACGCAUAAGGGCUAUUGCGGAACACGUACGUUAGACCAGUUUCAGCCCGAACUUCCGAUGUGCCGAAGGUAAUUAAUUCUAAUGAGAUAAA